AUGAGCAAACCGUGUAAAGAAAAUUUUAAAGAAUAUCCUAAUUAUGAAUGUUACAAUGAUAUAAAAUAUCAAUUUGGCAACAAAUUGAGAGAUUACAAUUAUUCCAUUAUUGAAAGUGUUAGGAAUUAUGAAAGAGAUCACGCAGCUGAUGUAGUACAGAAACAUAAUGUGUUAUCUGAUGUUUUUACUAAUGUAAAAAAAUAUUUAAGCAACGGUCAUGUUUUUACUUCGGGUGAAUAUGAUGGUCCAGGAACUUGUAAGUAUAUAAGCUACUUGUUAUAUGAUGGAAUUCGUAAUAUAUAUGGCGCAUGUGAUAAAGACACAUUUCAAAUUUUCAAAGAUUUUGUAGAUGGAUACAAUAAUAUUACACGUUCUACUAUGUGUAAGAAUGAGUUAAAAUACUUAGAUGAUCAUGAAUUUAAAAGAAUGAAAGAUUUAUAUCACUUGUAUGAUAAGUAUAACGAAUUAUUGCCAAAACUACCGUUUUGGUAUAAAGAAUACUGCGAAGACGUGGUUUAUUUAAUUGGAUUAUAUAAUACCUUUUUACGUGAUUAUGAAUCCAAUAGCAAAGAAUUUAAUAAAGUAUUGACGAAAAUUGGAGAACUAAAUAACACUGUUAAAAAGGAGGGGGGAAAAAAUUGUAGAAGAACUUAUUAUAUAGGUAAUCCACGUUUAUUUGAACCAGAAGAGGAAAAAAUACAACCCCCCGCCAGAACACCAUUAGCAUCAGAAAGUAAUCUUCUACAAGGAGGCCCAUUAGAUAGUGCAGUUAAAACAGAACCUCCAAAAUUAACAAGUUCAUCACCAAUGUUAGGAGGAGAACGACUAAGAGAACAUCUUGAAAAUUUACAAAGUUCUCAAGUAUUAAACACAUUAGAAGUAGCAGCAGCUUCUGAAUCACGAGAAUUCGUUGGAAAAAGACCACCACAUCAUAAUCUAGGACACUCAGAACAACUUGAAUCUUUUACACCAAAAGAAACUUAUGAAUCACGAAGAAAUUAUGGACCACAAGGACCUUAUGAACAAGAAAGAUACAGUGAUGAAAACGAAACAUUUUUACAAGGAAAAGAUUACUUUGUAGUAAAAGAACAAUUAGGACUCGGAUCAGAAAAAGAACAUGAAGGAGUAAUAACAAAUAUGAAAAACGCUUUUUCUGGAUUUAUGAACAGUGUUGAUCCAGUACCAGUUGUUGGUGUAUCUGGAGGGAUGGGCGCCUUAUUCUUACUUUUUAGGUAUACACCAGUUGGAGCAUUCUUCAGAGGAGGAAGAGGACGUGCACGUAGAAUUCCUAAUGGUUUCAUUGGACAUUUAGCAGGAGGAUUCCCCGAUAUUAACGAAUAUGAUACUGGGUAUGUUGGAUAUGGUCCAAUGAAUAUACCUUAUGGGGCAGAAUAG